AUGAACAGUACUAGUGGUAACAUAUCAACAACGACAACAAUAACAACGUUGGACAAUGGCGACCAUGCAUGGAUGAUGACUUCAGCAGCCCUGGUUUAUAUGAUGACACCUGCACUUGCAUUUUUCUAUGGUGGUCUUGUAGAAAAUAAAAAUAUUUUAAAUCAGUUGUUUUUAUCUAUCAUUUGUAUGGGUAUUGUUACAGUUCAGUGGUGUUUAUUUGGUUAUAGUUUUUCAUUUGGACCGGGAAAUUCAGCGUUUGGUUCAUUUGACUUUAGUGGAUUACGUUUACCCUUCCAUUUUUACGGUGAUAACCUAACAUUUCCAUCAUUAACAUUCGUAUCGUAUCAAGCAGCAUUCGCGGUCAUUACACCAGCUUUAAUCAGUGGUGCAAUUGUCGGUCGUAUGAAAUUGCUGCCAUAUAUGUUAUUUAUUUUCCUGUGGUCAACAUUUUGCUAUUGUCCAUUGGCGCGAUGGCUAUUUUCUGACUAUGGUUGGCUACAUCGAUAUGGAACAUUGGACUUUGCAGGCGGUUGCGUCGUUCAUGUAUCAAGUGGAGUUUCAGGAAUGGUAUGUGCUCUUAUUCUUGGUAAUCGUGCAGAUUUCGAUCCAAAUAAACCAGAAGUUGCACAUAAUCUUCCGUUCACUGUUAUAGGCACGGUAAGUUUCUAUUUUCAAAAUCUUAUUCUUUCAUUUUAUUUCAUCUAUAAUUUGAACAAUUAGUCGUCCAUGUUAAUAUUUCCCAAUAGUCUCCCUUGAAUCCUGAACAGUUUUCACACUGAUAAGCUAAUUGCAUAAGGACUGCUUCAUAAUUGAGAACACUCUUUUUUAUGUUUAUUAAUUAGUUAUAGUAGAAAAAACGGUCUCAAUUUGAAAAAGAUUCCUUGAUUUUCCCUGUGAAAAAUUGUUUUUUGAGAUUUUCAAGCUUCGUUUUAAGUAAAAUUUUGAGAUCUCUCGUAUAUGUGAAAAUAAAAAUGACAAUCAACUUUUCUAAAAUUGAUAAUUAAUAGAAAAAGAUUCUACUACGCACGAGAAACACAUCCAGUAUUUGUAAUGAGUUUCUUGAAGGUAAAGUCUUCUGGAUUAAGGAGAAAAACUUUCUUUUGCACUGCAGGGUGUCCUGCUCCACCAGACAGGGCAGGGCAGGACUCAAAAUUUGUUUUGAGUAAUUUCCUGACAGGGCAGGGCGAAAAAUGUUCAUACUCAUCAUCUUUGAAAUUAGGAUCAUUAUCUAACACAACUAUAUAACGAUAACUUAAUGAUCAUAAUGUUGCUUGAUAAGCUUCUAAAUCCAGGCUUCCAUUGAAAUAAUUCUACCAUCGUUAUGACAUCAUCUUUUAUUGUUAUUGAACACAAACAAGAAGUACAGAUCGAUUUUUCAGUUCCGUUUUUAUUUGAGCAGUUUAAAUGAUAUAAGUAACUUAAGUUUUAUAUAAUAUAUCAGCUUAGUUUUUUUCUGUUUUGAUACGAGAAAAAUGUCGAGUUGUAGACAUAAUAGGAUUUGUAGAGGAAAUCGAAUUGAAAUAUUGUGCGUCACAGUAGUCUCUUCACUCUUCAUUUUUAUAGUCUCAUCCGAUCCAGUAAUGUCGUUCUCAGCUCAAUUUAGUUUUAAGCAUCAGUUCUGAAAAAUAUUUCAAUCAGUUUCUGUAUCUACAGUAGCCAAUCAUUUCCAAUUCACAGAGUGAGUGAUUCGAAAUCAUAAACAGUGUACAAAGUGUGUGAAAAGAACAAAUUCUCUAUUCCAAAUUGAGAUCACUUUUUAAAUCGAAUUAAUAAUCAUAAAAAAAAAGUGGUCUCAAUCAUGAAGCCUCGUGCAUAAGUUUAUAAGCAAAUUUUGCACGAGACAAUUAUUCGAUUCGCAUAGGUGCAGAAAUACAAUAAAAUGAUUAAGAUUGUGUUAUCUGAAUGAGUGAGCAGCUAAGAGGACGAAUAUAGAAAAAGAUCCUAAUCGUAUUUCAAAAAUCUACUCAGACAUAUUAUUAUUUUCUGUAUGCUUUUCCCUGAAAUUGAAAAAUCACAAAUUAAAUUUAAAUUUGUUGGAAAUUUAAUUAAAUUUAAUAGAAUAGCACCCAGGAAAAAAAAAACGGGCAAUUAACUGCUCAUUAACGGCCAGUUUACAGUCUGCUUAAAAACUGCCAGUUGACAACGUGUUAACUGUCUAAAAAACCACCUAAAAACUGUCUAGUUUAUUGGCCGUUUUUAGGUCUGCAAAAAUACCGUCUAAUAACUGCCAGUAAACGGAAAAGCCAAAAAACAGCUAGUUAACUGUGUGGUUAACGGUCCAUUGA